AUGACGGGAGUUGUAGGCGGCGGCGUGUGGCGGGAAAAGGCGGGAAAAUGGCGGGCGGGGGCCGUGAAGGGAGAUGGAGCCUGUGGGGAAUGCCCCCCCAAGGAUCUGUCCCCCUUGGCCGAGGCCCUGGGGCAGCCCCUGGGCUGGGGGAGCUCCGGGGGGGCUCCGGGGGGUCCCGAGACCCCCCCGGGGCAGCGGCAGCGCCGCCCCCCCCACCCCAAACACAAACCCCAGGGUGGGUCUGGGGGCGUCCAUCGCUCCCCCCGCGCCCUCUUCUGCCUCCGCCUCAACAACCCCAUCCGGAGAGCGGCCAUCAGCAUCGUGGAGUGGAAGAGAGCGGCCAUCAGCAUCGGGGGCUCAGGGGGGUUUGGGGGGUCUGGGGGGUUUGGGGGGUCUGGGGGCGUCCAUCGCUCCCCCCGCGCCCUCUUCUGCCUCUGCCUCAACAACUCCAUCCGGAGGGCGGCCAUCAGCAUCGUGGAGUGGAAACCCUUCGACAUCCUCAUCCUCGCCACCAUCUUCGCCAACUGCGUGGCCCUGGGGGUCUACAUCCCCUUCCCCGAGGACGACUCCAACGCCUCCAACCACAACCUGGAACAAGUGGAGUACGUGUUCCUCAUCAUCUUCACCGUGGAGACCUUCCUGAAGAUCAUCGCCUACGGGCUGGUGCUGCACCCCAGCGCCUACAUCCGCAACGGGUGGAACCUGCUGGACUUUGUCAUCGUCAUCGUGGGGCUGUUCAGCGUCAUCCUGGAGCAGGUGUCCCACAAGCCGGGCGAUGCCCACCACAUGAGCGGCAAGCCGGGCGGGUUUGACGUCAAAGCUCUGCGCGCCUUCCGCGUGCUGCGCCCGCUGCGCCUCGUGUCCGGGGUGCCCAGCCUUCACAUCGUGCUCAACUCCAUCAUGAAGGCCAUGGUGCCGCUGCUGCACAUCGCGCUGCUCGUGCUCUUCGUCAUCAUCAUCUACGCCAUCAUCGGCCUCGAGCUCUUCAUCGGCCGCAUGCACAAGACCUGCUUCUUCAUCGGCUCUGACCUGGAGUCCGAGGACGAUCCGUCCCCGUGCGCGUUCUCGGGCCACGGCCGCGCGUGCCUGCAGAACAACACCGAGUGCCGCGGCCGCUGGGAGGGGCCUAACGGCGGCAUCACCAACUUCGACAACUUCUUCUUCGCCAUGCUCACCGUGUUCCAGUGCAUCACCAUGGAGGGCUGGACCGACGUCCUUUACUGGAUGCAGGAUGCCAUGGGCCACGAGCUGCCCUGGAUUUACUUCGUCAGCCUCGUCAUCUUCGGCUCCUUCUUCGUGCUCAACCUCGUCCUGGGCGUGCUCAGCGGGGAGUUCUCCAAGGAGCGCGAGAAGGCCAAAGCCCGCGGAGAUUUCCAGAAGCUGCGCGAGAAGCAGCAGCUGGAGGAGGACCUGCGGGGUUACAUGGACUGGAUCACCCAGGCCGAGCUCGAGGGCGAGGAAGAGGAGGGAGAGCACGACAAGCACCCGAGCCUCCCGGGCAGCGAAACCACCUCAGUGAACACCGAGACCGUGGGCGAGGAGGAGGCGCCGCCGACGGCCUGCGAGCGCUGCCUGGGCAAAAUUACCAAGACAAAAUUCUGCCGCCGCCUGCGCCGCCUGAACCGGCUGUGGCGGCGCCGCUGCCGCGCCGCGGUGAAAUCCGUGUCCUUCUACUGGACCGUGCUGCUGCUCGUGUUCCUCAACACGCUCACCAUCGCCUCCGAGCACCACGGGCAGCCGCCCUGGCUCACCGAGACGCAGGCCUACGCCAACAAGGCGCUGCUGUCGCUCUUCGCGGCCGAGAUGGUGCUGAAGCUCUACGCGCUGGGCCCCUCGUGUUACUUCGCGAGCUUCUUCAACCGCUUCGAUUGCUUCGUGGUGUGCGGGGGCGUGCUGGAGACGGCGCUGGUGGAGCGCGGCGCCAUGGAGCCGCUCGGCAUCUCCGUGCUGCGCUGCGUGCGCCUGCUGCGCGUCUUCAAGGUCACCCGGCACUGGGCGUCCCUGAGCAAUCUGGUCGGGUCCCUGCUGAACUCCAUGAAAUCCAUUCAUCCCUUCCAGUGCCCCAGUUUCCCAUUCCCAGUGCUCCCAGUACUCCUGGGCCCUGGGGGGCUGCCCAAACCUGGGACCUUCGGGGGCCGCUUCAGCUUCGACGAGACGCAGACCAAGCGCAGCACCUUCGACACCUUCCCGCAGGCGCUGCUCACCGUCUUCCAGAUCCUGACGGGCGAGGACUGGAACGCCGUCAUGUACGACGGCAUCAUGGCCUACGGCGGGCCCGUGUUCCCCGGGAUGCUCGUGUGCGUUUACUUCGUCAUCCUCUUCAUCUGCGGCAACUACAUCCUCCUCAACGUCUUCCUGGCCAUCGCCGUGGACAACCUGGCCGACGGUGACAACAUCAACUCGGGGGGGGACAAAAAGGACAAGGCCGGGGAGGAGGGGACAGGGACAGAGAGCCAGGAGGUGGCCGUGAAGGUCGAGGGGGAUCCGCAGGAGGAAGAGGAGGAGGAGGAGGAAGAGGGGGAGGAAGGUGACGAGGAGCCCGGGGGGGACAGGGACAGCCUGGGCAGGGCCCGCCUGGAGUCGCUGGAGGAGCCCCCCAAGACCAAGGUGACCCCGAUCCCCGAGGGCAGCGCCUUCUUCGUGCUGAGCAGCACCAACCCGCUGCGGGUGAAGUGCCACGCGCUGAUCAACCACCACAUCUUCACCAACCUCAUCCUCGUCUUCAUCAUCCUCAGCAGCAUCUCCCUGGCGGCCGAGGACCCCGUGCGGGCCCACUCACCCCGCAACCACGACAUUUUGGGGUACUUCGAUUACGCCUUCACCUCCAUCUUCACCGUGGAGAUCCUGCUCAAGAUGACGGUGUUCGGCGGGUUCCUGCACAAGGGCUCCUUCCUGCGGAACUGGUUCAACCUCCUGGACGUGCUGGUGGUCGGCGUGUCCCUCAUCUCCUUCGGCAUGCACUCCAGCGCCAUCUCGGUGGUGAAGAUCCUGCGGGUGCUGCGCGUGCUGCGGCCCCUGAGAGCCAUCAACAGGGCCAAGGGGCUCAAGCACGUGGUGCAGUGCGUGUUCGUGGCCAUCCGCACCAUCGGUAACAUCAUGAUCGUCACCACGCUGCUGCAGUUCAUGUUCGCCUGCAUCGGGGUGCAGCUCUUCAAGGGCAAGUUCUACAGCUGCACCGACGAGGCCAAGCACACGCCGGGAGAGUGCAAGGGGACAUUCCUGGUGUACAAGGACGGGGACGUGUCCCACCCCUCGGUGGUGGCACGCCUCUGGCUCAACAGCGACUUCAACUUCGACAACGUCCUGGCGGGGAUGAUGGCGCUGUUCACCGUGUCCACCUUCGAGGGGUGGCCCGCGCUGCUGUACAAGGCCAUCGACGCCAACGCCGAGAACCAGGGGCCCAUCUACAACUACCGGGUGGAGAUCUCCAUCUUCUUCAUCGUCUACAUCAUCGUCAUCGCCUUCUUCAUGAUGAACAUCUUCGUGGGCUUCGUCAUCAUCACCUUCCGCGCGCAGGGCGAGAGCGAGUACCGCAACUGCGAGCUGGACAAGAACCAGCGCCAGUGUGUGGAGUACGCUCUGAAGGCGCAGCCCCUGCGCCGCUACAUCCCCAAGAACCGCACCCAGUACCGUGUGUGGGCCAUGGUCAACUCCACGGCCUUCGAGUACAUCAUGUUCGUCCUCAUCCUCCUCAACACCAUCGCCCUGGCCGUGCAGCACUACGAGCAGUCCAAGCCCUUCAACUACGUGAUGGACCUGCUCAACAUGGUGUUCACGGGGCUCUUCACCGUGGAGAUGGUGCUCAAGAUCAUCGCCUUCAAACCGCGGCAUUACUUCUGCGACGCCUGGAACACCUUUGAUGCCCUCAUCGUGGUGGGCAGCGUGGUGGACAUCGCCGUCACCGAGGUCAACAGCUCCGAGGACUCCUCCCGCAUCUCCAUCACCUUCUUCCGCCUCUUCCGCGUCAUGCGCCUGGUCAAGCUGCUCUCCAAGGGCGAGGGCAUCCGCACCCUGCUCUGGACCUUCGUCAAAUCCUUCCAGGCCCUGCCCUACGUCGCGCUGCUCAUCGCCAUGAUCUUCUUCAUCUAUGCUGUCAUUGGGAUGCAGACCUUCGGGAAGGUGGCACUGCAGGACGGGACCCAGAUCAACCGCAACAACAACUUCCAGACCUUCCCCCAGGCCGUGCUGCUGCUCUUCAGGUGUGCCACGGGGGAGGCCUGGCAGGAGAUCAUGCUGGCCAGCCUGCCGGGCAAGCGCUGCGACCCCGAGUCGGACGCGGGCCCGGGCGAGGAGUUCACCUGCGGCAGCAACUUCGCCAUCGCCUACUUCAUCAGCUUCUUCAUGCUCUGCGCCUUCCUGAUCAUCAACCUGUUCGUGGCCGUCAUCAUGGACAACUUCGAUUACCUGACCCGCGACUGGUCCAUCCUGGGCCCGCACCACCUGGAUGAGUUCAAGCGCGUGUGGUCCGAGUACGACCCCGCAGCCAAGGGUCGCAUCAAGCACCUGGACGUGGUGACGCUGCUGCGGCGGAUCCAGCCCCCGCUGGGAUUUGGGAAGCUCUGCCCGCACCGCGUGGCCUGCAAGCGCCUGGUGGCCAUGAACAUGCCCCUCAAUUCAGAUGGCACCGUCACCUUCAACGCGACGCUCUUCGCCCUGGUCCGCACCUCCCUCAAGAUCAAGACGGAAGGGAACCUGGAUGUGGCCAACAAGGAGCUCCGGGCUGUGGUGAAGAAGAUCUGGAAGAGGACAAAGCCGAAGCUGCUGGACGAGGUCAUCCCCCCGCCCGAGGAGGAGGAGGUCACAGUGGGCAAGUUCUACGCCACCUUCCUGAUCCAGGACUAUUUCCGCAAGUUCCGGCGGCGGAAGGAGCGCGGGAUGCUGGGCGCCAGCGCCGGCCCCAGCAACGAGUGCGCGCUGCAGGCCGGGCUGCAGACGCUGCAGGCACUGGGCCCUGAGAUGCGCCGGGCACUGAGCGACCUGGAGGGGGACGAGGGCGGGGACGCGCCCGCGGAGGAGCCGCUCACCUACGCAGCCCCCGAGACGCUCUACGGCUCCGGGCCCGGCUCCCCCCUGCUCUCAGAGCCGCCCCCCGCCCCCAGCCCCGCGCCCACCGAACGCGAGGAGCCCGCGUCCCCCUCCCAUGGCGGCAGGCGGCGCUCCGACGGGGGGGACCGGGAGGAGGAGGCGCCCCCGGCCGAGGAUGCGGAGGAGCCGGGAGGGGACACGGGGGACGUGAGCCACGACGAGGAGCUGGAGAGCGCGGCACCGGCCCGGCGCCGCUGGGUGGGAGACAGGGCUCCGGGACCCCCGCGCUGGGCGGCUGAGCUGCCCCGGGGGGGGUCGCUGCCGCUGCCCCCCCGGCACUUCGCGCUCGGCAGCGGCGCUCGAGAGGGGCAACAACUGAAACGGCGGCGGCUGCUGCCCCCCACCCCCGCGGGCCGGAAACCCUCCUUCACCAUCCAGUGCCUGCGCCGCCAGGGCAGCUGCGAGGACGAGCCCAUCCCGGGCACCUACAACCCCUCGGGCCCGCCCGGCCCCGCGCGCCCGCAGGGCUACGGCAGCUCCGAGACCUGGCGGCUGGGGGGCUCCUCGCAGGCCUGGGCGGCGCCGGCCCGCGGGCACGUUCUGUACGCGCCGCUGAUCCUGGUGGAGGGGGCGCCGCCGGGGCCGGGGGCGGGCGGCAGCCUGCCCCCCCUGAACCGCUGGUACCCCCCCGCGCCGCUCCGGCUGCGACCCUGCGGCCCACACGAGGCCCUGGCACGGGGAUCGGCCGAUAGCCUGGUGGAGGCUGUGCUGAUCUCGGAGGGACUGGGGCUCUUCGCCCGCGACCCCAAGUUCGUGGCGGUGGCCAAGCGGGAGAUCGCAGACGCGUGCGACAUGACCAUGGACGAGAUGGAGAGCGCGGCCGCCGACCUGCUGACCCGGCGCCGCGGCCCGCCCGCGCCCACGCCCGCCGUCUACAGCGACGAGGAACCGCUGCGGCCGCCGGCCGAGGAGGAGCUGGCCGAUGAGAUGGGCUGGGCCGGCGGGGUUUAGGACCCGGUACCGGGGGUUUAGAGUCCCCCGGCACCGCGGGGCUGGGCGGGCUGGUUCUAGAACCCGGGGCCGUGAGGGCGGCUCUCGAACCCGGGGCCCGCCAUGAUGGCUCUAGAACCCGGGGCCGUGAGGGCGGCUCUCGAACCCGGGGCCCGCCAUGAUGGCUCUAGAACCCGGGGCCGUGAGGGCGGCUCUAGAACCCGGCACCGAUGUGGGGGCAAUGUUA